AUGUUGGGAUGAAGAAGCAAUGUCUGAACCCUAUUUCCAUUUUGAGUUUGGGGCUAAUCUACAGUUUGCUUGGCCAAAAAAUCUUGUUUUUUUCCCUGUUCCUCUCCCAUUUCCUGUUUUUUGCUACCACCUAGCCUGUUCAGAAAAACUUCAGUGCUUGUAUAAUCAUUUAUGGCAUUUUGGUUGAUCCUGAUAAGGUAUUGCCCAAACUGCAGGUUUUAGAUCUUUUCCUCAUCGACCAGUGUAGGUAACCUUUGUUUAAUUUUUAUAGACUCUUUAAUAUAUAUUGUUUGUGCCAAAGGUCACAGUGGGAGGUUGCAGUAAGGACUUCUUUGAAAAGAUGCAAUAACAGAGGAUUUGCAAAGUAAACUUAGUGCUUGCUUUCACUGAGGAAGUAAAGAUCAAAUAUGUAUGUCUUUAAAAUAAGUAUGUAUUACCCUUCAUUAUCAAAUUUUGGUGUUAGAAAGCUGGAUUUUAUAAGUAGAAUUAUGUGUUGAAUUGACAGAAUCUUGGUUUUCAAUUUGUGAGGAAUGAACACUUGGACUCGUGGGGAAGAUCUAAACACCUUGAGCCUCUGUGGCUUUAUUGAAUCUGUUCCCCAGUUCCUGCAGUCCCUAAGGACAGUGCACUCUUGGUAAAGGCAAACUCAACUACAAGCUUGCAGCCCAUGUACAGACACUUUUAUAACCUGCUAGUCAUGUACACCAAUACAGAGUGUUAAGUUUCCAGAUAAUGUUAAUACAAUAACAUCUUUAUGUCUUCAUACAUGAAACAAUGCUCUGAACCAGUCAGAAAUACCAAUAACAACAGGAUGGAAAAUUAUACUGAUUGAGCUUUAUUGAAAUGUCAGUUCAGUGAAUUCCUUGUAGUUUGGGUCAGCCCCUGUGUCUGUUUAAACAUGCAAAUGUGUCUGAUUGAGGAACCAUUCAGGAAAACUUGUUUGACAACUACAGUGCACAGGUGCUUGCCUCUGUUGAACAAGAUGAUUAAAUGGGUCCAUUCAGAAACAAAUGGAUACCUUUGUCUCAGCUGUCUGCAGCUGAUGGGAACACCAGUAUUUCCCCCCAUGAUAGUGUUAGCCUUCAGCAGCUUCUCAGUCCAGCUAAGAAUUCUGUCUUCUUAAAGUAACAGUAAUGCUAAACAGUAACCUGGCCUGCAAUUCUGCUGCUUACUGAGAAAGAGGUGCAGGUUUGAUUUUAUAACACAAGGGCACAUAUAAAGCAACCUUUUUCUACCAGGAUUUAUUCUGGAUUCCCCCAACAGAACUCAAAAGGAUUUACUUCUGAGCAAGCAAGUACUUCUGCCGUACAUUUGGUGCCAGUGUUACUUGGAAAGUUCAAUGAAGGGAGUGUAAUGUUGGGAAAAUCCAAAGAAAUAUUUGUAGAGGAAAGCUACUUAAUGUGUGCCUAUAUAAAAUCAAACUGCAGUGUCCCUGCCCCUCUUGCCCAGAAAGAACUUUUGGCCAAGCUCCACACCUGGGAAAAGCAGGCAGCCCUGGAGCUUCAUUAUUCAUGCAUUUCCUCACAGAAUCAGACAAACCAUCAGGAAAGCUAGACUUCCUUUCCAUUGUAAAAAUACCUAGGCAGCCCACCUUUGCCUUAAGAAAUUUUGUAUCUCUGAUUGCAAAGCCACUACAUUUUAAACCCCAAGCCUUUGAUUGGUCAUGAUCUUUUUCUUGAUGCCUAUAAUGAUUCCUCAAUACUUCUGUAUUAUUCCCCAUUGUCCUCACCUUCUCACCCAUUCAGAAUCUCAUCACUGCCUUAAAACUGUGCACAUGACUCAAAACUUAUUUAAAAAAAACAAAACAAAACUCUGUGCUCUGGAAGCUUGCAGUUGGUGUAAGUUUGGUCUCUGCAUAAGGCUUUUCCUGGGUGUUCUCACCAAUAAAACUGCCGAGGUUCAAGGCAGAGACCUCUCUCUAUGGAUCGGAAUGUACAUUCUCACAGACUGUUAAACUGGGAUUUCCUGACAGUUCAUGUACAUUACUGUUUUUCUUUUAAACCAACAGAGGUUUAUAUAAUGGUGGGACUAGGAAAUAGCCGUCGUGGGAUGAAGUCUCCACCUCUUCUAGUUGCUGCACUUGUGGCUUGUAUAAUUGUUCUGGGAUUCAAUUACUGGAUUGCAAGCUCCCGCAGUGCUGAUUUACAGAAUCGUGUAAUGGAACUAGAAGGCAGAGUCCGCAGAGCAGCAGCAGAAAGAGGGGCUGUAGAACUGAAAAAGAAUGAAUUUCAAGGAGAGCUAAGGAAACAGAGAGAGCAAAUUGACAAAAUCCAGUCCCUGCAUAAUUUCCAGAUGGAAAGUGCCAGCAAAAUGCACAGGGAUGAGAAGGCAAUGCUAUUGAAUAACAUCACAAUGAGUGACAGGCUGAUCCAGAAUCUUCAUGAACACUUGAAAUUGCUACAGAAUGAAUAUGAAAAGCUGCAACUGGACGUAGUCAUGUUUCAGAAAAACCAGACUAGCCUUCAGAAGAAAUGUACAGAUGACAUGAAUCAGUGCAUUGGUCAGCUCAAACAACUAAAUGAACAAUGUGAAGAAAGGAUAGAGGAAAUCUCAAAAAGAGGCAGCAAGAUACAAGAGAAAGAGAAGAAAGGCACCUCAGAUGUAUUGGACAAGAAUGAUCAGGUUAAUACUCGGGUGCCAACAUUUGGACAGACAGAUCCACAGCAUAAUGACCUCACAAAACAGGGAAACACUCCUCAAAAAAAUCUCUACAUAUCUGAAGAUUCAAAGCCAGCAGCCAUCGUAACAAAUGUGGCAGAACUAGAGGAUCACAGAGAAAAAGAAGGAACAGAUGCGACUGAUGCUAUCCAUAAACAGAAAUCUCCGAAAGAGGACCUUUCUAUUGAAAAGGACCAUCCAGAUAUACCUUCUAGCAAGGUUCAUAAAGAAUUGCCUCGUGAUCCAGGAAUAGAGCAGAAUGUAUAUGAGGAGAUUAGAAAUGUACUUGGAGCAGCUACAUUAGAAGAGCAGACUGGCAAAUUUCCAGCACCUGGAAAUCCUAUGGGCCAUCAAAGCGCCCAUCAAGCAAAAACAGAUGAGGAAGAAAUUGAACGAGAGCAGCUCUUAAAUGAUGAUCUACAGCAAGAUGACCAGGAGACCAGUAAGGAUGGUGAUUUGGAACUCAAAGCAGUAAUCCAGGAUAACAAAGAAGUUGAUUACAAUUUAGAUGUGAAUGAAGCAGAAUCUGAAACAGAUAAGCAAGGUGCCCUUGUGGAGCACAAAAAUAACUUCCAUGCCCAGAACCUUGAAGAUCACAACAUGCAAAACCACUUAUUUAAGGUUGGUAGAGAUAAUCAACAGAAGCUGUGAAUGGGUUCAGUGUGAGACUCUUGUAGAAACUACUAACAUUAAGGCAAGCCUAUGUACUCAAGACUUGAAAAAUUCAACUGGAAUUGAUCACUUGGGUUUUAUUUAAAUCAGUUCUGACCUCGUACAAACUUGCCUCCAGUCUGCUUAAGCAAUAAUGUGGUAUUGCACCAUUGAACUGGGCCAUGAUUGUGUUUGAAGAAGAGGAAUCUCAUCUUUUAUGGUAUAUGGAAUCCAUUCCUGGUCCUCAUCUACCUAGUCUGGUUUGUCUUCUUGAACUGACAACAAAAUUCCAGAUGCCUUGCCACGAAAACUGGAAUUGUUGCUUAAGUAGAUGUUCAAUUUAAAGAUGCUGUUAUUCUUUUUCCCCGCUCAUGUGUCCUUCCGUAUAUGACUCAUAAUUUUACAAACCAAGUGAACUCAGAGAAUAGAUUUUAUACUUAUUUUCUGUAGCAGUUUCCUCUACAAAGAAGAUAUUCUAGAUAAUUCAGGGAGGUUGAUCCUAUAAUAUAUGUUAAAUCUUAUUUAAUUCAGUGGGACUUACUUCCAAGAAAACAUGGGUAAGAUUGAGCUGUAUUUGCAUUUAUCUCAUUAUCUCAAAUGGUAUUCUCUCUGCUUUGAAUAGCAGGACCUUGUAAAAAUAUUUACUGUAUGUAGUGGAAGCACUCCUGAAUUUCUGUAAAGCAGGUUUUAAACAGUCUGUGAAUUUUCACAUAUAAGAACAGCUGCCCGUGUGUUUAUGAUCUUACCGCAAUUUGAAUAUGUGGGGAAGAUGGCUCUGUAGUCCCCAAAUGUGUCUGCUGCUUCAUGACAAGUAUCUUAUUCUGCUAUAAAAAGCAUAGCCACAAUAUGCUAAUCCUACCACAGAGGAAAGAACAUGGUACUAAACUAGUACCAAUGUUCUUCAUAACGUUUCACCUCUGUUACAGAAAUAUGUUCUGCCACCUAAAGGUAAUAGAAACAUAAUGAAUGUGCUAUAAAUCUGUUCCAGAAAGGAAUGUUUCAGCUAAUUCAGUGUUUUGUCAAAUUUAACAAAGUACUUAAUAUUUUCAGCUCUGUAUAUAACAAUGUUGGGUUAAUUUUGAUUACUUUAAUAAAAGCAGAAAGCCUAUUAGAAGAACAAUGAAGAAUUAAACGGUUUACAAGAUUUUACUAAUCUGGUUGAUCAUGUCCUAUCACCAAUAAAAUGCAUCCAUGGGAAACUAAA